AUGGCUGAUCACACCAGCACGACGUCAUGGGCUCCUUGGAAGGUUCUCCUUGGUUGGACUCCUUUCCACAUCGACGCCCUUGGUCUUGUAACGCUCUUGGGAGCUGAAGAGGUCAAUGCUGCCGUAGGGCGACUCGUGAGCAGUGCCUAUCUCGAAUAUUUACCUCUGCUGGGUGCAUACGUCGUUGCUGGAAACCGAUUUACUGAGAAGGCAGCUGGCUUCAAUCUCUACAACAUAUCGCAAGGCAUCCAUACAACAGACCUCGCCGCCUGGUUGACAAGAUGGAUGCUCUCCCAGGAAUUCGAAACCACUCGCAACUUCGUGGUUUGGACGGUGACGCCACCAAAAUCCCGGAAGAACGAAAUAUCUUUUUCCCUGGUGAUAAGCUUCGUUCUGAAUGGCUUCCUCGUCGCCGGCACUCUUCUUUCCAAGGACUGGUAUGGCUUUGCUAAUGCAAUGGCUAUGGUUGUCUCCAUCAUCGUUCGUGCCUAUGUUAUCGGUCAACAACGUAUCGGUUUCGAUGCCAUGGUAGACAAGGCUGUCGGGACAUCAGGGCCUCCCACAGGGAACAAUUACGAAGCGCGACGGUAUGAGUAUGAGUUAUGGAAGCAAAAACAGAAUGAUGAGAAGAAGCCCAUUUUAAAGAACAGAACAGUGCAGUCAGCGCCUGAGGAAACCCAAUCCAUUGGAAGCAAUUCUUCGAACCCCUCAAACGGACAGACGAAAGCAAUCCAGAAUGUACAGCCCACAGUGCGUCCAACCCGUCCAGAUCCCAGGGACUAUGACAAAAAGAACGAGGUCUGGACCGGAAAACCCACGAAGGUUCUCAUCAUCCAAUCUGAUUCGAAAGCGGUUACCUUUUGGAUGCCCAAUGAGCUGCUGGUUGCGCCAUCAGUCUUUAUUGAAGGGCCUGUGAUCUUGAAUCCAAAGACGUAUUUCAUCAUGAGAUCCAUUGGAUGGCUGGCAUUUGCUGUGCACAUUGUCGCCAUCGGUAUGGCGGACUUGGCAAGUCAGAUGUACACGGUCGCACUAAUGGUGCUGCCAACCAUUCUACUGAUAUCAAAGGUCGGAUGUGACGACUCCGAGUGGUUUUCGAACUUCGAAAGUUGGAUCGGAAGGAAGCUCUACAGCGAGGGCCACGAUCGCAAGGCUGACAAACAACAAGACGCCGAGAAAAGCGUGAAGCCCACUGAAUUCAGAAAAUUGCGGCAGUGCUGGAUAGGGUCCCGGCUCAGGGCAGAGAUCUACGAGUGGCCUGAAUCGUAUGAGUUUCGGGAGGAAGGAGAAGGCAAGGACAAGAGGUGGGUCAGCGGAGGACGAAAAGAGGGCACAGAACGCUCCAAGAAACGGCAAGAUCUAUACGCCUGGCUCGCGCUCACCACGGACGAAGAAGAGAGCAUGGACAAAUGGGAUCUUUUCCCGCACAUCCGCCAGGGCAAUACCUCAUGGUGGCAAACCUACAAACUCAAGAAGGCAACGCUGAAAGGCGAUAAGCGCGACGGCAUGGGACCGCAGCAACCCGUCGAUAAUGCACUCCAGCUGCAGCCGCAACCGCAGCUGCCACCGAGCCAGCCGGCCGCCACCACCACCCAGAGUCAUCCAGAUCAGCGACCAAAACCGUUCCAAAUGCCCGGCAGGACGGCGACUGUCCACUUCCUCGGCGGGAGCGCUCUGCCGCAGACAAGCAGGCACACGAUGCCGGAGCCUCGCCAAAGCAGCUCAGUCACGGUCGGCAGUUCCGCGUUCCCUGCCAUCAGCGACCACGAUCAGAUCAAGAUCACCGACGGUGACGACGGCGCGCAGACCGGCGACGCCCAAACGCAGACUCAAGGGAGCACCACUGCAGAACCCGGCAACAGAGGUGCAAUGACUGGACUUCCUCCAGUCGCCACUACCCAUUUAGACAGCGCACCAGCGCCGGGUCCCGACAAUGCAGCGUCUUCCUCCCCCGACAUCUAUCCUUCUGGAGUUCUGACUCAGUCGCCCACCACCACCGACAACACCCACGACGACAAACAUAACUAG